GUAAUCUUGAGUUUGGUCCGUCCCUUUUCAUUCUUCUCUUCUCAACAUACAUUUUUCCAAACCUUUCUUAUUCUAAUAUGGUCAAACUUUCUCCUUCUACUGUGUAUAAUUGACAUUUUACAUCCUCGGCGAAAGCUUCGAAGAAUGUGCAGCAAGAGAGGUGAAAGAAGAAACAGGAUUAGAAAUUGCUGCAACAGAACUACUAACAGUGACUAACAACAUGUUUGUGGAAGCACCAAAACCAUUACAUUAUGUCACAAUUUUCAUGCGAAGUAAGCUAGCAAAUACUAAUCAAAUGCCUCAAAAUUUAGAACCUGAGAAAUGUGAUGGGUGGAAUUGGUAUGAUUGGGAUGAUUUACCUCAACCCCUCUUUUGGCCACUCCAGAAAAUGGUUGAUUCUGGCUUCAAUCCCUUCCCUAGCUAGAAGGCUAGAAUACUUAUUGAUCAUGGCAAGGAGACGUAAGAAGAAUGUGAUCCCAAGAACAAAGAAGAAAACAUCUACGCCUGAGUAUGACAAAUUCCUGCCCUCUUAUUUAUGGAUGGACAUAUUUGCAAUGCUUCCUGUCAAAACCCUACUAAAACUCAGGUCCGUCUGCAAAUCCUGGCGCACUCUUAUCGAUUCCCCUGUUUUCAUCUCUUUUCAUCGCAAUCUUUACAAUACCCAUAAUUCUAAAAAUGCCCAUUUAUUAAUUUCAACAAGUUUUGGACGAUCAAACUUACUUCGUGUCGAUAAUUGUCAGAAAUUAACCAAAAUUGCUUAUCUCGGAAGACUCUAUACUUCUUUUGCUGGUACUAACAUGCCCAGAUUUUUCGGAAUCUGUAAUGGGUUAUUGUUAAUGGAGGUUUCCGAUGAUCUGUAUUUAUGGAAUCCCUUUUUAAGAAAAUCUUUAAUUCUUCCACCUUGUCCGUUGGGUUCUAGCAAUUCUGGAACCGAUUAUGUUUUAGGAUUUUUACCCUUUUGUGAUGAUUAUAAGGUGUUUGCCUAUCGAAUUUAUAAAAUUCUUGGUGUUAAAGAGGUGACAACCGCAGUUUAUUCACUUAAAACCCACCGUUGGGCGAUUAAAACCAAUCCAACAAAUGUGGAUGCUUCGAAAUCAUUAAUUCGUCCUUAUUGGUAUGAAGAUUAUGUUUAUUGUGGAUGGAUUGUGUACUGGUUUAUAAGAUCCGAUGAACGCGGAUUUCUCCACUCAUUUGAUUUUAAUACUGAAGAAUUCAAUACUGUGGAAGUACCUGAAGCUCUGAAAGAAAGUAAGAGGGUAAUUCUUUUUACAAAGGGCGAGUCGUUAGUCGUAAUGACGAAGUUCUGCGUAUGGAUUUUGGAAAAACAUGAUGGAGAGUACACAUGGAGGUUGUUGUCUUCAGGAUCAUUGAGUUCAGAAUUCGAAAAUUACAGAGAAAAAGGUGGUUUAAAGAUUUUCAUGAUUGAGGAGAGCAAUAGAUUACUAACAAUGAAAGGGGUUUCAUUAUAUCUUGUGAAGUUUCAAGCCUGAUAUUACAAAGGUUGGGAAAUGGAGUUGAUUCUUAUGUGUGUGGGGGUGAUUAUGUGGAGACCUUGGCAUUGCUUACGGAAUCCGAAGGGAUGAUCUUCAAACGUUUUCCGUAAGGAAUAUCUCUUUCUGAGGAGUUUUCUCGAUUGAUUGGAUUUGGAUGUGUAACAGUUAGCAAAUGAUCACUGCAAGACCUGUUGUAAAUGCUUAUGUUUGCAGUUUGUUGAUAUGAAUAACAGUCACAGAAGAAACUACUUGGCAGUUGGCAUCAUUGAUUUGUUGCUAUGUAAUGUCUAAAUGGUUUUACGUAUCUUAGCAAGGAUAUCAUCAGCUUUAUGUGCUUAAUUGGGUCUAAACCAUUGCAUUUAAGCCUUACUUUUAUUCCUAUAGCCAGUUACUAAACAUUGGAAGUAGAAUACUUAGAAUAAAAAUUCUCAGUCCAACAUGUUAUUCCCACAUAGCUAUCUAAGUAGUUGUUUGUAGUAGC